AGAGUGGAACUCUUCAUGUGUUGUGUCUGUUGCUGUUGAAUGAGCCCCGCCCCCUGCUGCUCUCUCACCGCUGCUCUACAGCACAAGGUCUGACGGGAAAAGCAGCCAAGGAGGAGAAACAGUAGAUUUGCUGUCAUGAAAUCCUUCUGAGAGGAGGAAAGAAGCAAAACCUAGAAAAUCUACUCCCACCCACAGGCAAGAAAACGGGGGAGAGAGAGGAAGAGAGAGAGAGAGAGAGAGAGAGGGAGGGAGGGAGAGCCAGUGUGCGUGAAGGAGAGAGAGGGAGAGAGAGAGGGAGAACAGUCGAUGGAUGCUGCUUGGACAGAUUGGUCGGUACGUUCUUCUGUGACGGGCACCGGAGAGCCGCAAGAAUGGAUGGAAAAGGCAGACACAUUCCUCCAGCGAUGGUGUGGUGUGAGCGGGGGAUCCAGGUACUCCUCACCACGGUUGGGGCCUUUGCCGCUUUUGCCCUGAUGACGGUGGCUAUCGGCACGGACUACUGGCUGUACGCACGAGCCUUCAUCUGCAACAGCACUGCCAACUCCACUCAGGACGACCCCCAUAACAAGGACAAGAAAGACCCCGGAGCCCUCACCCACUCUGGCCUGUGGAGGAUCUGCUGCCUGGAAGGGUUAAAGAGAGGGGUGUGCUCCCAGAUUAACCAUUUCCCUGAAGAUGCUGAUUAUGACCAAGAUGCUGCAGAGUACCUCUUACGUGUAGUCAGGGCCUCCAGUAUAUUCCCUAUCCUAAGUGCCAUUCUCUUGCUGUUGGGUGGGGUGUGUGUGGCUUCUAGUCGCUUCUAUAAGAACAAGAGACACAUUAUUCUGGGAGCAGGCAUUCUGUUUGUGGUGGCAGGCCUGAGCAACAUCAUCGGUGUCAUUGUGUACAUCUCAGCAGCACUUAGCGACAUCUCGCCAAAGAAAGACGAGGACAAGAAGUGGCACUACUCGUACGGCUGGUCCUUCUACUUCGGCGGCCUCUCCUUCAUCCUGGCUGAGGUGGUGGGCGUUUUGGCUGUCAACAUCUACAUUGAGCGUAACAAGGAGCUGCGCUGCCGCUCACGCACCGACUUAUUCCGCAGCACCACCUCGGCCGUGCUGCGACUGCCCAGCUACCGCUUCCGCCGUCGCUCUUCACGUUCUAGUUCGCGCUCCACCGCCGAGCCACCACGCUCCCGGGACCAGUCGCCCUCCGGCCUUGCUGCCAAGAACUUUGGCCCACCGCUAGCUGCCGGUCCCCCACCCUUCUCCGUGGCCACACUGCCCAAUCCACAUACACAUUCAGGAGGAGGGGGAGGAGGAGGGGGCAUUGGGGACAUCUCCAUGUACACGCUAGGGAGGGAGGGCAAGCCACCCAUGUAUGGAACGGUGGAUCGUGCCACGCUGUACCAGCUGCACAACUACUUUCCCACCAAGGAGGGAGGAGGAGGUGCGCUCAUGACAGGCACACUUCCCUCGCUGUCAAAGUCCAACCUGGCAGCAUCAGCCAAUGCUCCCCUCAACGCCUCGUCUUCCUCCGGCCCCGGGGUCCAAGCACCCACACUGUCGGCUGGCUCCACAGCCACCAUGGAGAGGGAAAGAGGGCUGGGAACUCUGGACAGGCUGGGGAAAGGAGAUAGCUCCAACACUAACACACUGAACAGGAGAACAACGCCUGUGUGAUGGGUGGUGGUGGAGGGGAGGGAGGGGUCAGAGAAAGAGAAUGGAAGAGCGAGAGAUGAGGAUGAUCUUAACUGCAAAAGGCAAACAAUAGUGGAAAGAGGAAGCAUGGGAGGAAGAGAGAAAAGAGAGAGAGUGUCUGGACCCUGCUGCUGUACAGGGUCUAGUUCCUCCCCUAACCUGCUACACCUGUUACAGCUAAUUAACGCCCGAGUCUUUGAUGGGCUGGAUCAGGUGCAUUUGUGUUAGGUGAGAAGGGGGGUUAGCAUGCACGUUCGGGAGGAGGGGGUGUCGCGGACAUCUCCAUUAGGGGUGUAAAAAUGCAUCUGAAGGUGGCGAUUCAACCGCAUUGAUUUUGAAAUGUAAGAAAAAAUACUGGAAUUUUAGAAUCGAUAAUAAUGAAUUAUAGUAAUUAUUUUCACACAUAAAUAUCCAAAAUAAAAAUCUCUGUGUUUUUAUUGUCUGUAAACCGCAAUGUAAAUAGUUUCUCUGUUACAUUUGUGUACUUUUUUGUGUAUUUUUAAAAAUAGUCAAAUCAGAAGGAAUCAGGGUGAAAUUUUAGAUGAUGCCUUGAAUCGUUUCCUUAAGAACUAUAUUGAAAUCGAAUCAUUGUCCGGAGACAGAUUUACCCCCCUAAUCUUUAGUUCCACACUGGGCAAAGACAGAAAAGGGGGCUGCAUCACACUUUACCAGCCAGCUGCACAAAUACUUUCCAACAAAGGUGAAAAGAGGAGGGGGAGGGGGAGGAGCACACAUGAUGGGGACGCUGCCCUUCACUGUCCAGGUCCAACCUGGCGGCAUCGGCCAGUGCUCCCCUCAACGCCUUGUCUUCCUCUGACCCCGGGGUCCAAGCACCCACGCUGUCGGCCAGAUAGCUGAGAAAAGAUAGCUCCAACAACAGUGCACUGAACAGGACAACCAACACCCGUGUGACUGGAGAGGCAGUGUCUGGGGCUCUGAGAGAGGGAGCGAGUGAGCAAAAGAGAGAAAGAAGAGAGGGGAGAUGGGGAUUAUCCAAGCUGCGAAUGGCAAACAGGGAUGGAAAGAGAAAGCGUGGGAGGAAGAGAGAAAAGGGAGAGAGAGAGCGGGCUGAGAAGCAGAGAAAGGGAUGACUCACAGGACAGAGAGAGAGAGAGAAAGAAAGAAGCCAAUCAUCCUCUUUUUUCUCUCCAUUUCUGUUUUCGAACAUGGUGACUUUAGUCAUAAAUAGAGUUCCAUCCGCACUUUUACUGAUUCAUGUUGAAAUACUUGAUGUGUGUGAUGGUGGUCUUACUUUGGGUUCUUCAAGCUCUUUUAAUUCCAGUGCUUUAUCAUCAGGUUAUGCCUGUUACUUAUUUAGCAUUCCAAUAUAAAAUGUCUUUGUUUUUAUUAUUGUUGAUGUUACUGUUUGGUUUUUCUGAAUUAUUUUGUUAUUAAAUUAUUAGUUAUUUUAAUAAUUUAUUUAUCUUAUUUCAGUUCCAACUGAUGAAUUUAAACUGUGAUUUUCUCUUGCACAUACUGACACUCUAUUUUAUGAUGUCAUUUAGUGUCAAGCAUGUGCAUAUUUGUGAGAUUGUGUGACAUUAUUAUUAUUAUCAUUAUUAUUAUUAUUAUUAUGUCUUUUUUUUUUUUUACAAAGAUGGAUAAUAUUUAGAUCUGUGGAAUUUCUUUCAUUGUAAUUGUAGGUGUACAAGUAGUUAGAUUUCAUAUGAAUAUAUUUGAUUAUUCAAUUAAUAACCUUAAUAUUGUUACAAUGAGAUGACAAUUUUGAAGAACUGUUUUCCAGAAAGCCUGUUUCGGGACAAGGAAGAAAUGAAAAGGUAGAAUGUGAAAAUUAAAGACUUUCAUGCCGGGGAGCAAUACCUAUACCUAUAAAACCUCACCAGAAAAGACAAAAAAACUCUAUUAUAGUAUAUUAUAUAUAUGAAUAUAUAUAUAUAUAUAUAUAUAUAUGUGGAACUUUUUUUGACAAAUAAAACAAAAUAUAUUCUAUAAAUGUACCCAGUUGAGAUAUGUAUGCAGUGUUUUAUCUUUGAAUGUUAGGAACUAGCCUGAUUGAUAGACUAUAGAUACUUUUUAUUUUUACUAAAUAAACUACAUUUACAUUUUGAACCAUUAUUAGUAACAGAAAUAUCACUGUGGAAUAGGUGGAAUACAGACAGAGGUGGAUAGUAGUAGCAAGUAGUCAUGCUAUAGUGAGACGUUAGCAGAAUAUUUCAAAUUACAUCUACUUAUGCUGUAAUAUAUUUUUUGUUCAUUUAACUGCAGAUUUAGCCACUAAUAUCAUUCUCUUCUAUUGUGUCAGCACUGGUGUUUUAUACCGUUUGCAUUUGCCCACACCCCUCACUUUGUAGACCAGAAAGAGAAAAAUAGCAUCUUUGAACUUCUGUUCCUAUGUUAGAUGCCAGAUUUACUAGAGUUCAAGUGCAGUUCUAUAGGGAACUCUAUAAGGUACUCAAAAGUUUUUGCACCUAGUGCUUUUUCACUCCCACUCAAGCUUUUUUUUUCUUUUUCAAAAGUUACUUUUACCUCAGCUAUUUUGCUGGAACACUUUUACUCUGGUUUUAGGCUACUUUGCCCAAGCCUGAGUGCAGGUAAGAUGUGGUUUUACAAAUGUAGUCCAAAACAUAUAAAUAACAACCCAUCAUGGUCAAAGCAAAAAUGAAGGUAUUUUCUCCUCUUGUCAUUAUUUAUGUGUACACUGUUUAUAUAUCUAGUGUAUGAUUAAUUACUCCAGUUGGCCUUCUGGCAUUUUGGGUUUAGUAGGUAUGAUCAAAGAAAGUACAAAGAGAAUUCGUAAUCAUGAGGAAUCCAGGUAUUAACAUAAUGCUGUACCUGCCAAAUCCACUGAAGAAAGCGGGGUCAGGUCUGCAGUGUAUUAAGGACAUUAAUGAAUGGA